UCCCACGCUCCGCUCGGCGCUUGUCAGCAUUAUGGAUACCGGUUACACGACAUUGCUUAACCUUUUGCAACGCCCAAACAACACCCUCAGUACGCUGAAGGACGAAACUAUUCAUGGCGCUGUAGCACACUAUCUUUCUGUGUUGCCCGUUAUCCAGCUUCCGAACUUCGUUCGAGCAAUGAUAGCAUCACCGACACUCUGGCGGUCUCGCAAAUGGGACCAUCUUUGCGGCAUUCAGGCUGCAGUGAGGCAAUCAGUAAGGAUGAAGCACACCAAUACUGCUAAAGUGGCAGUCCCUGGCUUUCUCUUCGACGCAGAUAUUGGGACACCUUUCAAGGAAUGGCUGUCAGCUAUCCUACAAGGUCAAUCGAUAGCUACCUCAUCCCUUCAGCACCUGUAUGUUGGGGUUGCAGUCCUUGGGGGGUUGCUACAAGGCUUGGAAGACAUCGUGGCGGAGCUUGCUAUGACUCGGAUGCGGAAGAAAAUCAACGACGAAUUAGUGAAAACGUCCACAGUCCUCUUGGAUCAAAUACAAACAUUGCAAAAAACUGUGUGGGCUGCAGAUUUUGAAAGCGAAUUCUCUGGGGAAGAAAGUUCGUCCACUCUGAGCAUAUGUAUUCUAGCAACCAAUGCUGUGUACAUUCCGGAUGACGACUUAAAAAGACAACAUAGUCGACUAUUAGCUACCUCCAUAUUAAUUGGUUACAAGCGGGUGUUCGGGUCAGGGAUAUUAACGGGCCUCGAUGAAUUUUCUUCCAACAGUGAAGGAGAAUACCAUUUGCCGCACGAUCCCAAAUUAGCUCGAGACCUAGCCAACCUAAAUCGGAGUGUCGUGUAUCGGUCUCUCGGUCCUCUAUCUCAGCUGUUUUCAAGAUGCAUCCGACGUCUGUCAGAAGUAGACAAAACCAUUGCGUGGGUCUUGAUUAUGCAGACAACCGAUGUCUUAUCUCCCCUGAGCGCGUCCAUUGAGGCUCAGUGGGCGUCCUCGGAGAUUUCGGCAAUUACGGAUGAGCAACGCCUUGAAUCGAAAUCUCGUGCCACCAUGAUAACGUUGUGGCAAAUGCUGAAGGCAUAUUUAUUCUCGACCGUGUUGAUGUCGCAAUCUAUCGUUGACGUUAUCACUUUCCAUCACCCUCCGAAAAAGACUGUCGGCGGGUUGGACCCCGCAUCCUCACCGCAGGUAGCCUCCUCCCUCCUUCUGACUCUUUCCCAUGCGGCGUUCAUCAGUUCCAAGUUUGGCGGCAUUACUUCUGAAGGGGGUGGGUUCAAAGAACAAAAAAGAUUGUUUUUUAGCUCUUUGGAUAUCCUGUGUAGUGAUCCUGUAGCCAGUGAAGCACUGCUCAAAGUUCUAGAGGGACGAAUUGGCAAUCUUCCUCCCUCGCACCCUGUUGAACACAGUAGAUCGGCCUUCUUCCUGGCAUGCGCUGAGCAAUUAAUACCGAUUGCGAACAGCGGCACACUCGACAGUAUCAUCUUACCUUUCGCGAAAAAAUUCUUAUCGAAGCUGGAGCAGCGAGAGGUCUUUGAAUCGGCUCACUCGGUCAUGCUCUCCGUCUUCGCAAAGCACAGCAACAAAUCUCUGGGAGCAGCAGAGGACAAUAAAACGCGAUUAGCAUCCAGGCUCGUCCCUUUUUAUUUGGAAUCCCUCCUCGAGAAUGCCAGUGAAGGCCACCUGAGCAUCGAACAACUUCGUCUCGCAUAUCAUAGCUUAGUUCGCAGUUCGAGCGCAUCUACCGAUGAUGCCUCCGCUUGGUUCUGUAUUGAGGCUCUGUUGACAGCGCUUCAAGAUACCCGCGAUGCAUCGGAGCGAGAUAAACAUAAGCGACUAGCCCUAACUCUCGUCUCCCUAAUAUCGGCCGUCAAUCUGACUCUUCUUAAGCCUGUUCUUGCCGCCAUUGAGACAGAAUUGCUCUGGAAGGAUAUGGGUCCGGAGGAUAGAAAGGAAAUAUCGAAGGAGGUUCAUGAUCAGAUCAUGGGACGCAUUGGAGAUGCUCAGAAGGAAGUUGCAUUGAAAUGGUGGCUGGAUCUGCGUGAACGCUUGAGCUUUGAAAUGGGAAAGCAAAUUGAAGUUGCAUGAACGACGGAGUAGUGAUAUUGUGUUUGGUGGUAAUUUACUCAUGGGAUAUGAAUCAGCAUUUGUGGGGUAUGCAUGUAUAUAUAAC